GACGACAGCGACCCUAUAGGAUUAAAGUCACUCAAAUAUGGCGACGAAGGGACUUCAAAGCUUUACGAAAAGCUUGAAUGCUUUUCGCACAUCAAUAAAUAGUGCUAGGGAUCCUCUGACACAAUGUCUAGCACCACAGUUUACGAGGACAAUGGCAACAGAGGCGCCAUUACCGUCUAGUAUCUCUCAGGAAUAUGAGCCCAGUAUUCUUACAAAAACAUCAGAUGUCGUAUCUGACCCUUUCAACCCCCCAGUCUUAACCACCAUCUACAAAUUCCCUACCAUGGAGCCCGUCCGAUUCGAAUCCUACCCAAGUAAACACCUCUACCUCCCUCUCCGUCGAGAUCUCCUCCACCGCGCUGUAGUAUUCGAAGGCGACAAUACCCGUCAAGGAACUGCAUCCUCUAAAACCCGUUUCGAUGUCCAUGGUUCUCAUCGAAAGAUUCGCCCGCAAAAGGGAACCGGUGGUGCUCGUCUUGGUUGGAGACAAUCACCAUUGAUUGUCGGAGGAGGUAAAUCAUUCGGUCCUCACCCAAGAGAUUUUGGAACAGACUUACCGAGAAAAAUGUACGAUAUUGCGUGGCGGACGGCACUGAGUUGGAGGUAUAGAAAAGGACAAUUGAUUGUCUGUGAAGAUGGAAUGGAAUUCGAGCACCCAAAGACUAGAUAUGCGAAGAGAGUUUUCGAACAUUUGGGAUGGGGGAAGAACAACGGAAGGACGUUGAUUGUGACGGGUGGUUUCAGGAAGAACCUGUCCAGCGUCGUGAGCAAAAAUGAUGCGACGGUGUUGGAUGUGAACGAAGUGGAUGUUAAGGAUUUGUUGGAAUUGUCGAGGGUUGUGAUAGAGAAGAGCGCAUUGGAUCAGAUGUUGGAAGAGCACCAGAGCGAUCUCGUGAAGAAGGUCAGGAGUGCUGCGUGAUGAAUGAGCUAUGGUAAUAUAUUUGCUCUUCUCUUGUGUAUAGAGUAUUGUACGAAAAAUGUAACAAUUUCUAGAUGAAAACACGUUGCUUUGCUCGAAGGUGUAUGCAUUGCUUAAGGCGCUGGUCAUUAUCUCGCAGGUCUUUGUCUCGCAUGCUCUUUAAUGCAAUAUAGCAGGUUGCAGGAGGUAUAUGAGAUUUGUCAACAAGUCAAUAUCUCCAGAUAACUGAAUGAAUCUACAAAUUCUGAUAUUAUCUUUGGAACCGUUCAAGUGGGCUUUCUUUAAUUCUUCGCCAAAUUCCCCAUAGACUUCGUUAGAAUGGCCUAAAAAUAUCGAACAAGUCAUCAGGCUCCAAUUCUCAACUCUAUACACUCUCAUUCAGAUGCCCAUACCA